AUGUCUUCUAUUGUUGCGAUUAGAGUAGAUCAAAAGACGACAGAAGUUUGGUCUGAUGAUGAAGCGAUGCAAGAAACAGAGAAAAUUUUAACACGAAAACUCGAUUUUCACUUACUACCACUUCUUUCGUCAUUAUCGAUAUUUUUCUUUGGCUAUGUUCUAUUCGAAGUUCCAUCGAAUAUAAUUCUUCGUCGUUGGCGUCCAUCAAGAUGGAUUGGUCUAAUAAUGUUAGCAUGGGGUGUAGUGGCUGUGAGUCUGACAGCUGUAAAAAAUUUUGCUGGCCUUCUCGUAUGCCGAUUUCUACUUGGUACAUUCGAAGCUGGUCUUUUUCCAGGUCUAAUCUAUUUUAUGUCAUUGUGGUAUCCGAGAAAAGAACAAGCUAUUCGACUUGGUUUUUUCUGGUCUUUUUCGGCACUUGCCGGUGCUUUUGGUGGUCUUUUAGCUUUUGGUAUCGGUCAAAUUAAAUCAUCGACAUUGUCACCAUGGCAACUAAUAUUUCUCAUCGAAGGUAUUCCGACAAUUAUUGUAGCUAUAUGCUGUUUUCUUUUCUUACCUGAUUCACCUGAACAUGCACGAUUUUUGAGUAAUGAAGAACGUGAAAUUGAGAUUCGUCGUAUGAAUAAUGAUGCAGGUGCUUCUAUUAAUCAUUCAUUUUCUUGGUCACAAGUUUGGUCUGUAUUUACCGAUUGGAAAACCUAUAUUUACUCAAUCAUUUAUAUCACAGGAACAAUUCCAUUGCAAGCAGUGACUCUUUUUUUACCGUCUAUUAUCAAUGGCAUGAGUAAAUGGACAACUGUUCAAACACAAUUAAUGACUAUUCCACCAUAUAUUGCUGCUUUUAUUGCAAUUAUUAUUGUUUCGCGUAGUUCUGAUUAUGCUUCAUUAACUCGUCGUGCUGUUGCAUCGGCACUUAUUGUCUCAAUUGGUACGACUGGUGGAGCAAUCUCCGGUCAAAUAUAUCAAGACAAACAGAAACCAAGAUAUUUUCUAGGCAAUACAAUUGCUUUUGGUUGUGUUGCUUUACAGACAAUACUCAUUAUUAUUCUUCGUUUUAUAUUUAUUUAUAUUAAUCGUCGACGACAAAUACUCAAUGAUGAACAAAAACAACAACAAAUUGAAACAUAUGGUGGAAUUGAAUUAAUCGGUGAUCGACAUCCAGAGUUUCGAUAUACUCUAUAA